GUCUCUGUAGAUCUUGCACUCUCUUCGUGAUUGUACAGUAAACUCGGUCCCGAUAGUAUUGACUCCCCGCAGUCUGCCCAAUCUACUAUUCUUUUUGGCUCCAUAAUCUCGAUUGCCGCCGUCUCUGCCGCCAACCAUCACCCUCCCCAUUCUCGGUGCUUCUAUAGCCUUGAGCUUCCCAAGAUCGCUCUCUCACUUCCCUCCUCUAAGUCCCUUAGUGCUCGAACCUUAUCUAGUUCAUCAUGACAGCGCCGGAGUAUCUCGAGCGAUAUAAACAGCUGGCUUCUAUAGAACAAGAUAAGAAUAUCCUAAUCGAGGAACUUUUGCAGCGUGUGACAGAGUUGGAGGCAGCCUUCCAGCAAGAGAAACUCGAUCAUGAACGUGAAACGCGGUUUAAUCGUGAUAUCCAGCUUCAUGAAAUGGAGUUAAUGCAGCAUAUCGCGAGGAUCAAGGCCAUAAUGGACCGCGAGCCCUUCAUAGUUGUGCUACUAGAUGGAACUGGCAUCAUCUUCAGAGAUGAAUUUUUACAAAAGGGAGAAGAAGGUGGAAAGAUUGCAGCCAAGAAGCUUGCUGUCGCCCUAAAAGACUAUGUUGCCAGCAAUUUCCCAGGCCUUGAUGCUCCAAAGAUAAUCGCAAGGAUGUACGUCAACUUAAAGGGCCUGAGUGAGAUGUGUGUCCGAGGCGUCAUUAGCACCGACCCAUCAUCAGUCGAGGGCUUUGCUAGGGGCUUCAACAAUGGCCAUCCACUAUUUGACCUUGUGGAUACUGGACUGGACAACGCACAUGAUAAGAUCGCAGAGGCCUUCAGGGUCAACCUAUAUAACUGUCACUGUCAUCAAAUCUUCUUAGGAUGCGCCGACACCAGUGCAUAUGCCCAGAUUUUGGUGGAUAUAAUGGAAGACAUUGACCUUGUAGGAAGAGUAACCUUGAUCGAGGGCGUCACCUUUGAAAAGGACCUAGCCAAAAUCAAGGCCGCGUACAGAGUCUCACAGUUUCCGGAAAUUCUCCGAAAUACAAAAAUAACACCUGUCUGGGCCCCAUGGAAAGCCGCAGUGGCGUCCAAACCUCCUCCCGCUCUCACCCCAUCACCGAAACCAGGCGCAGUGCCACUGUCACGAACCUCGACCAGCACGUCAACAAACGCCAGUACAUCGCUGUCUUCCACGUCUGCAAGGCCGUCAAGCCCUGGAGAGUUCCAAGUGGUACAGUCGAAAUCAGCUACACCCGCACGGCCCAAGAUCGUUGAACGAAACAAGUACGGUCAACGUGUAGACCGAGUUGACUUUAAAAGCAUACCACGAGAAGAACUGAACCGCCUCAAGAAACUGAAAUUAUGCAACCUUCAUUACCUUCUAGGAGAAUGUACAGUUGAUAACUGUCAGCACGACCACUCGCGCAAGUUGACCAAAAAUGAACUUUCAAUCUUGUCCGCCAUCGCCCGCAUGACCCCCUGCCGAUACGGAUUAGAAUGCGAUGAUCCGGAAUGUACAUAUGGGCAUCGAUGCCCUCAUGCAGAACCCGGGAAAAGGGACUGUUACUGGGGUUCGAAUUGUCGAUUUGAUCCUGCCGCCCAUGGCAUCGACACCAAUAUCGUUAAAUUAAAUAAGGUCUAAUAUUAUGGAUAUAAUAGUUGGGGAAGCGAACGCCAUUACCUCUUUUCAAGUUUGCAGCGCGAGACAGAACCUGCAUUGCUCUAGCCACAAAAGUUGUGUUUUCCUUUGGCCUUUGUAAUGACUUCGCGCAGAUGAGAUUGGACUUUCUUCACAAGUUUCUGGCCCAUUAACAUCGAUAUUCCUGUUUGCUGGCGUGCUUCCUACUUUUGGUUUUCCACUCCCUCGCGUAUGGUACAUAUAUUGAUGAAUAUCCCUAGCUUCGUUACUUAAUCUGUGAGAUUGCUAUCAAUAUGACACUUUUGCCGGUCUCUUAGCCGCUUUCGAU